AUUUCGUCGACGUCAAUAAGAACAUCAUCUCAGUGGCAAUCAGUGACACUUCGGUCUAAUGACGUGUACGAAUAUUUUCGGGUGAACUAUCGACAUAAAUAAUGAGGGAUUUAACAAUUUUUUUAAGAAUCACACUCCUUUUCUGUGGACUCACAUUCAUCAAUGAACAAGUAGAAGCCAAACAGCGACUAGACACUGUCAGCGAUGAUGAACUACUCCAAUACAUUAAAAAUGAGCAAUAUGUUGUUGCAUUGUUCACUAAACGUCAGUGUGAGGAAUGUGCCAAAUACGAAGCUGAACUCGUGAACCUCAGGGAUGAUCUCGUUGAUAGUUUAUCAGCUUGGGUUAUUCAGGUCGAGGAGAGCCAAUUAUUGAAGCUCUACAGUCCUGCCAAGGAGCCAGCCUUAGUCUUCUUCCGGAAUGGAAUUCCAUUGCUUUACGAUGGAAAACUGAAUGACGAGGAAAUAUUGCAAAAAUUCGUGGAUAACAAAGAGCCGAUAGUGAAGGAAUUAACUGAUGAGACUUUCGAGCAUUUAACGCAGGCGAGUAGUGGAGCUACGACUGGCGAUUGGUUUGUCAUGUUCUAUAGCAACGAUUGCAUCGACUGUCAACGAAUGGGUGCAAGAUGGGAAGCAGUGGGUGCUAGAAUAAAAAAUCGAGUUAAUGUUGCACGUGUUAAUAAACACACGACUGGAGCUUCCACAGCCCGACGAUUCAACGUUUUCAACGUCCCAGAAUUUAUUCUAUUCCGCCAGGGGAAGAUGUACCGUUAUCAAGUACCGAAGUACGAUAUCAAUGCAUUUGUUUCAUUCGCCAAAGAUUGGUACAAGAAUGCGCAAUCAGAGAUAGUUCCAGUACCUCAGAGCCCAUUUGAUGAUCUCACCCAAAUGAUCGCAAAUUUCCUCCGAGAAAAUCCCUGGAUCAUGAAGCUUGCCAGCAUAAUUAUGGGAGUCAUGAUAAUCGUAUCAGUUGCCUCCAAACUGAGGAAAAAAUCUGAAACUCCUGAGAAGAAGAAAGAGAAGUAAAAACUAAUGGAUCACAAGACUUACCGGAAUAAUGUACAUAAAAUAUUUGCUCGAACCAUCGGGGAUAGGAUAAAACGUCUUUCUGUGUACAUUUCCCAUUCGCCGAAGGAUUUUUCUCAUUCCAACUUUUCCAAUUUUGUAACUGUAGAAAAUAUAUUCUUUGAGGUCUUAAGUGGA